GACUUGACCCAAGAGAAGGGGGAGGAGAUGGAAGAACAACACCCAGAAGGACCUGGAACUGGCAGGACAGCAAGCAAAGGCCCCCUUCUCCUCCAAGCUGGGAGUGAUGUUGAUUUCUGGGAAAGAGCUGUGCCAGAGAUCCUGGCUAAGGACACCGUAACUUCAGAUCUGCAUUGCCAACGCUUCCGGCUGUUCCAGUACCACAUGGCUGAUGGGCCCCGGGAAGUUUGCAGCCAGCUCCAUGCACUUUGCAACCACUGGCUGAAGCCAGAGAGGUGCACAAAGAAGCAGAUCUUGGACCUGGUGAUCCUGGAGCAGUUCCUGGUCAUCCUGCCCCCGGAGAUGCAGUCCUGGGUCAGAGGGUGUGGGCCAGAGACCAGUUCCCAGGCGGUGGCCCUGGCCGAAGGUUUCCUCCUGAGCCAGGCAGAGGAGAAGAGGCAGGCAGAACAGACGUGGGCACCAUCGGUGAAGACAGAAGAUGCAUUCCCUGAGGCAGAAGCAGCUUCCUUAGAGCAAGGGCAGAGUGCACAAGCCAUGGAGCGUGCCCAAGAUGCCCUCUCCUGUGCCUAG